CUGGAUGUGAAAAAAGUUUGGAGGUCUCGCCGAAAUCACUUUUCUCCAACUGCUUUCACAUGUGUGCGUUUUUCUCCCCCCCACUUGAGGAGGCUUUUAGUUGAAAGUCUGCAUCGGAAAUCGGCGUCGGAGUGCGUGUUUUUCCCGGCUGUGAUUUCUCCAGUUUCUUUUUUUUUUCUCCCUGCAGGAAUACAGAGGGAGAGGGAGAGAGGGGGAGAGAGAGAGAGGGGGGAAACGGUCUGGCUGCUUGAAGAUUUGUUGCGACACCUAACUUUGGCGACAUGGACGCGCACCGCGGCGCGCCUCCGGCCGGCCAGCAAAUCGUGCACGUCCGCGGGGACUCGCAGACGGAGCUGGAGGCCCUCUUCAGCGCGGUGAUGAACCCCAGCAAGGCGGCCCGACAGCCGGCCUCUCUGCCCAUGAGGAUGAGGAAGCUGCCGGACUCCUUCUUCAGGCAACCGGAUUCCCGUGGCCACUCCAGACAAGCCAGUUCGGAUGGAGGUGUGUGCGGCUCCCUCACUCCUCAUCACGUCCGCGCCCAUUCCUCCCCGGCCUCCCUCCCAGUCAACUCCCUCUCCACUCAAGCAGCAGAUGUAGCAGCGGCGCCGAUAAUACCUGACGACGUGCCACUCCCGCACGGUUGGGAAAUGGCCAAAACACCUACUGGCCAACGUUACUUCCUCAAUCACCUGGAUAAGACAACCACUUGGCACGACCCCCGACUCUCGCAGCUACAGUCGGCUGCAGCUCAGCAGCAUCCUAUCUCUGGCCCUCCGGUCCACGCCCACUCCCUCAGCAACCCAGCACCCACUACGCAACCACAAAACAUCAAUCCAGAGACAGGUCCACUGCCUGAAGGCUGGGAGCAGGCUGUGACUGCAGAUGGAGAGGUGUACUACAUCGAUCACAUAAAUAAGACCACCGCAUGGGUCGACCCGCGUCUAGCCCAGAAGAUGAACCCUGGCAUCCUUGGCCUGGCACUGCAGCAAAGGCAGGAAAAGGAAAGGCUCAGAUGCAAACAGCAAGGCCUCCCUCAGCAAAUCACACCACAGGAGGCAGGAGCGAGGAGCCAGAUGCACGGUGGGAUGGACCAUGACAGGAACACACAGACACUCCCGUCUCUGGAUGUCAGGAUCAGAGCAUCAAACCAUGAACCCACACUUAAUGGCGCUCACUCUCGCAAUGAGAGCACCGACAGCGGUCUGAGCGUCAGCAGCUUACCCCGCACAUCCGACCACAUGUUGAGCUCUGCAGAUCACAUGGACACUGGCGACUCUGGCGAGACCUCCUCGAUGACCUUACCGGAGUCGAUGCCUGUGCUGCCGAUGUCUGAGGGCGAGGAGCUCAUGCCCUGCAUCCCCGAGGGUCUCAGUUCGGACCUUCUGAUGGACAUGGAGACCGUUCUCUCUGGGUCGCACAUGGACAGAGACAGCCUGCUCACCUGGCUAUAGACACACCCAGCCACCGCCCCAAACAGGGUUCGCCACCAAAUCUUCAUUACAUGACUGAGAAUUCUGGAGAAUUUUUGGCUUGAAAAGUGGUACAAAACAACAUUACAGAGAGAAUACGCUACUGUUGUGUGAUGGAUACCUAACACUACUCGCAGCCUGAGGAAUGACAAAAAGCCUGGCUCUCACAGAGGUGGUAAGAUGCUGGUAUUCUCCUGGUAUUCGCCUGGUUUCACACAGAUGCAUGACGGAGCAUCCAUAUUUUAGAGACACUCCUUCCUUUUUAGUCAUCGGCUUUAGAUGACGCUCCCCACGUCUCAGUAAAAUGCGUCACAGCUAAUUUUAGAAUGCAGAUUUAUGUUAUUAUCCCCACUUGGGUAAUCCUGUUUGCAGAAAGCAUUUAAAAACACAGUGUCAAGUCAGUGAAGUUUGCAUGUAGAAGUUAGAUCGAAAAAGACAUGUUAGAAUGACAUAAAAGUUGCUCUAAAGAUAUUUAACAGUAACAGAAAAUAUAUCUACUUUACUUCGUAUAGCUUGUGGGAGCAACAUGUAGUGCGACUACCUCUAAGCAGCCUGUAAUUUGUGAUUUUAACGCUCACAGCCGUCCAAAACAUGUUGUUAAAAACUGAGGGAAAGAGAUGAAUCCAAGGAUUUACGUUAUUAUCACUACAGUCGUUCCCUAAAACCAAAACUCUGCUCAGAAAAAGACUCAGCAAAGCUCAUAUGAACACUGCUAUGUAGAGGCAUCGGGGGGCUACGAUGCACCCUUGUGGCGAACCAGUGGAGGAUGAAGAACACUAACAAGAGUCCCAUUUAACUUCGGAAACAGUCAGUUAAAAUACUCACAAGCCAAAAAAAAAAAAAAACAGUUUCAAAACCUGGAUGGACUACGGGGCUGCUCAAAGACCAGAUUGUAAUACGUUUGAGGUUUUUUGAAAUUUCAGUUCAGGAGGGAGAAGCUUUAUCUAUUUAUCUUUGGUCAAAGUGAAGACCACGUUUCUAACAAAUCAAAGCCUGUCAAAAGCCUCCUCAUUUAGAGAUGUUCAGUAUAAUGCAAUCCAACGCAAUGCAAGGUUUCCCCCAGGAAACUGUCACCAUGAGCUGAUCGAUUUAGUUAGACGGCCUUUGCUGUGUGCUCUUUUUGCUCGAGUUUUAAGAUCUAUUUUAUAGAAGUGUGUCAGUUUUUUUACAUUAGCCCACGGGAAACCUCACAGCAGCAUCGCUAUAAAAUCACAUUUUUUGAAGUUACUAAUAUUCAGGUUUUGUUGUUGUAUUGGUUUGCAUUUUGUUGUAAAGUGUUCAGUCAUUUUGUCCACUCCAGCAUUGAAUACAAGCUUCACAAAUGUAGUAUUUAUUGGAGAUUUGAAUUAUUGGAUUGCAUUAUAUUGUACAGUUGUAAUAUUAUUCUGUCCACCCCUAGUUUGAGAAAUGGUUGCCAUCAGUGCUAGCACAGCUCUGGGCAGCUCUGAAACAUAAAUGAAAAGAGUUCAAUUAAUCAGCCAUCGACUUUGAGAUUUAACUGGUUUAUUCCUUUUUCUCACUCUUUCUGCUCUUGGUUUGAUACAUUCCUAACAAUUCCUCUUUCCACAGCUGCUCUUUCAGUGGCAUCAUAGUUUCUUUCCCAACAGAAACACAUACAACCAGCAGCAGUCUCAGCCAGGGUUUCAAGUUUUAGCCCUACAAAUCAUCGACACUUUUGCUGCCCAUUUUUGAAUGCAUGCAGAUUUUUAGCUUUUCAGAUGCACUUUUCUUACCACUUACCACCAUGUUUUUCCAUUAAUUUCCAAAAUCGAUGAGCAGGCUCCCAAAACUUGCUUGAGUUGCAUUAUCACUCACUGUGAACAGUCUUGCAUUAAUGUGACGCGGUAAUGCAAUUUAAGUGCAGAUUGGUUUGCAGAAACUAAACUAACUUAACUAUUCUAAACUGCAUUGCCACACAAUGAUAAUGUAACACUUGAUGCUAGCUGUAGACCAGUGUGAGCUACAAUGCAAGUCCAUCAAAAUACAAACAUGGUGCACAGCGUUUCUCCAGUACGCUGUGUUCUAUUCACCAGAAGUUUUCAGCUAUGAUGCCUCAUCAGCCUGGCAUCUGAGGCUGUUUCCUGUUUCCAUGUGACUGAUUAAUCAUAAUAGAUACUACAUUUAUAAAAUCACAUUAUUGUGAUCAAGAGAAACAUUAAUGGCCAUAAAUACAUUAUAAUAUUGCAGUCACUUUUUCAGAAUUGUCUCUAGCAUACACAUCUUUGAUGUGUAAGAACCUUGAAUAUCCAUUUUUCAGAACAAGGCACCAAAAAUUCUCUAUUUUUCUAACAUAAUUCAAAACACAGUUAACUCAAAUCCCUUCCAUCUCUAAAUAUUCAUAAAUGAUUCAUUCGAAGUCAGUAUGUGGUUAUGAAUUGCACAACAGAGGGAAGUUUCAAGAUCCUGCUAAUAGAUUUUGUACACGUAUGGACAUAUGAAUAGAAAAAAACACAUUCAACGCAAAGCAGCAUGGUAUGCAAAAUGCUUGGCAGUGAUGUAAAAUGUGUGUGAUUUGUUGUAAACAGACUAAAACAUGGAACAUCACCGGAGUAAUCCUUUAAAAAUAAUCCUGGUCAGUGCCAUCAGAUAUUAGUUUGCAUCUACUCUGUAGAGUUUUCGUUUCCUCUGUGAGUGGCUCCAGCUUUCCACUCUUAAAGAGCUGCAUACUACAAACAUACUAAUUGCAGAUGCUGUGUUCUUGGUGUAUUUUGUUCUAACUGCAAGUGCUGUCUGGUGCUCUAAUACAGAAGGCAAUCGUCAAUAAGGGGAGCUGUAAUUCUCCGUGUUUAGUUAAACUAUAUAAUAAGUAUAUAAUCUGUUUUUUAUCUGCUGGGUUGUUUCUGCAGUGUGUUCAUACUUUAUCUGAAUUUGAAGCUGUUAAUUAUUGGUGAGAGCAUUUCUUCAGCCGGCUUCCCUUUUUUAUAUAUAUAUAUAUACAGCACAUAGAAAUAGGUAAAGACUUAAUUCACAGCAUCCCAACAUACAGAUCCAAGUCACCUAAUCUUUUUUUCUAAAUGAGAGUAUCAUGGGCCUGGAGCGACUUACUGUUCAUACACAUAAUGCAACACACUACCUAGCCUAUUAUUUAUCUUAGCAUGCAUGACACUUACAAUGUAUGUUACUUAUAAUGAUGUUUAUUAUCCUAUUUACAGAGAGUUUGGAGGCAAUCAGACUUGUUUUGUACCUUUUUAUGCAUGUGCUUUAUAUAAAUAUAUUUCUUCUUACUCUCACUGUAAUCAUUUUAAAGGAGUUUCUGUUUAAUAAACUUUUAAAUACACCUGCUAGUGGUA